CAAAGACAGAUUCUUGACCAACGCAGAUUCCCAUUUUGACAGCUUCCCAGAAGUCAUCCAGCUGUUUUUUUUUUUGUCAAUUUUAUUUUGGUUUCACUGACUUUUCCCCUUCUUAUUCUCCUUUCUUUUUCUCUUUUUUGGUGAUUUUGUUCUCUGGGUAAAAGAAGAAGAAAAAAAAAGAGUGCAUUUAUGGUCUAGAAGCUGAUAAACUUUCUGGGUUCUGAAUAAGAUCUGAAAUUGUACGGUUCAGAGGUAAAGGUUAAAGCUUCUUCAUUGAGGGGUGAGAAAAGGGCUGCAAUGGUGAGGCAUGAGAAGUUCCCAGGGGUAAGUAAAGAGUUGCAGAAGAUUGUGGAUGCAAAUAUGAGAAAGGUUGGGGCCCGAAGGCGUGCUCGUGAGGCCUUUAAGGAUAUUCAACUCUCAAUUGAUCACAUUUUGUUCAAGAUCCCAAGUAACGGCUUGAAGAUGAAGGAGUCAUACCAGGUGAACUCUAGAGGAUUGGAAUACUUCUCAAAAAGUUGGGUGCCGCAGACCAGUCCUAAGGCAGUGGUUUGUUUUUGUCAUGGUUACGGAGACAGUUGCACCUUUUUCUUCGAAGGAAUUGCUAGAAAGUUAGCCUUCUCUGGCUAUGCAGUUUUUGCUAUGGAUUAUCCUGGAUUUGGACUUUCUGAGGGUCUUCAUGGCUAUAUUCGAAGCUUCAACAGGCUAGUUGAUGAUGUGAUUGAGCAUUACUCAAAAGUUAAAGAAAAUCCGGAUUUCUGUGGUCUGCCAAGCUUCCUGUUUGGACAAUCUAUGGGAGGAGCUGUAGCUCUGAAGGUGCACCUCAAACAGCCUAAUUCAUGGAAUGGAGCUGUUCUUGUUGCACCAAUGUGCAAAAUUGCAGAUGAUCUGGUUCCACCACCGUUCGUCACACAAGUUCUUAUUGGAGUGGCGAAACUUCUUCCAAAAUGCAAGCUAGUUCCACAAAAGGAUUUAGCUGAGUUAGCAUUCAGAGAUGUAAAGAAAAGGAAUUUGACUGCGUACCACGUGAUUGCUUACAAGCAUAAACCACGGCUACGAACUGCACUAGAGUUACUGAAGACUACCCAGGAAAUAGAACAAAAACUGGAGAAAGUUUCUCUGCCAUUAUUGAUCCUCCACGGCAAGGCUGAUGCGAUAACAGAUCCGUCUAUUAGCGAGGCAUUAUAUGAGAAGGCAAGCAGUGCAGACAAGAAACUGAUUCUCUAUGAUGACGCUUAUCAUUCCCUUCUUGAAGGUGAGCCAGAUGAGGUGAUCCUUAAAGUGUUUGGUGAUAUAAUUUCUUGGCUUGAUGUACAUAGUUCUUGAAGACAAGCCAUUCGCAGCAUCUGCAAUCUGUGUAGGCGGGUACAUUCUUUCUGGAGUGGGAGUUAAGACAGCGGACGGGAAAUGGGAAUGGGGAAGAAAUGGAGGAGAGGAAAUGGGUGUUAUGGUUUGCAAUCAAACUGGCUUAUUAGAAUGGACACGCCAAGUACUAAAGGUGUUGUAUAAUCAUUAUAAUUAAGGAAAAUGCUACAGUUUCUUUUGGAUAAGAUACCCAUGAUUCUAAUCUACUUAUAUAUUGUC